CCGGGGAGAACGGUGCGGAGGGCAGGGUCACAGAGGAACCUGGAGGCAUCUUGCUUGCUGCCCCUCCCUCCCUACAGCCCCCAGGAAGAGGGCCUCCUAGGGCUGGCUCCCCAUCCUGGGAUUAGCAUCUUUGGUGGCAUUCCCCAAGACUCCUGCCCACUCCUUCUCCUCAGCCCCCGUUGCCCCUCUGGCCUCAGGACAGCCCCCACCACCUCCAGCACCCCCAGGACACGUCUCCCUUUGAGCUGACUUAAGCUUAGAGCUAGCGCUCCCUCCACUUGUCCCAUCUGCAGCAAAAGUUAGGGUGCCACUCCCCCCACUGCUCAAGCGAGACCUGACUAGGGGCAAGGGGCCGGCCCUAGAGCCACCUCAGCAGAGGAUGGGUGGGCGUGUGGGCCCCUGGGGGCACACGCUGUCUCUGGGCAAACCCGCACACAUGACUCAACAUCUCUGGGUUUCUUCCAUCUCCCUGAAUCCCUGCUCUGGGAAUACCCUCCGCCUCCCUAGUCGUGACAGAUCCCCCAGUGCUCUGGGCCAAGAGAGGAGCAGCCUCCUGUCCCCGGUAAAGUUCUUCUUGGUACCCCAUACACAGGAGAGAGCGGAUGCUCUUCCCCCGUGGUCUGCCCCUCCCCCUACUGGGCCUUCUCCCAUCCCCCAGCCCAUCCCCUCCUGCCUCCCGCCUCCCCCACCCUCACCCCAUCUCUGAAUUGGCCUCUCAGCCUGGCCUUCUCUGUGUCCUUCCCUCCACCUGACAGGGUCUGGCUCAAGGUCACUGCAGUAAUUCCAUACCCGGCGGCCCGGCUGCCGCCGCCGCCGCUGCCACCUUAUCGGCUGCUGGGUUUCUGUUUCACUCCCUUUUAUUUCUGGGUAUAUUGUGUGCGAUAAAACCCUCUGCUGGUAACACCACUGGCAGCUCUCCCAGCAACCCCUCCUGCCUUCCUUCCUCUCCCCCUCCCUCCCCGCGGUACUCUCUCGGCCUCACCCUGCCCUCUCGUCCCCCCUACCUUGUCUCCUCAAACUUCAGUGGGGGCAGGGUCUCCUGGUGUUUCUGAUCCCGCCCUUCCCCCAGCUCAGGCAGAGGUGUGCAGAGAAGGUUCCUCCAUUCCCACCUUCUAGGAGGAGAGAUCAGGCAGAGCCUCAGGGCGCACACGGAGGGCCCCCUCCCACUCCCCAGACCGGGCAAGAGGGCCAGGGCGGCCCUGGUAGUGCUCCUGGUGGAGUCAGGAUGGCUGACUGGUCCUGCGGGUUUCAGUGGCCAGCCCUGGGAGGGACUUGCGCUCGGGCGGGCUCUAGGGCACAAUUAUUUCUCAUCUUGACUUGCCACCCACCAGCCCACAGACUGGGGAGGUAAAGACAGGUCUGAGUCACUAGUGAGGGGGAGGGCAGGUGUUAAACAAGUGCUGGCUGUGUGGCAUCCCCACAGAAGGCCCACCACUGCCGGGACGGAAAGGCAGCAGACAGAAGACCCAUGUGGAAGCCAAGGACACAGCCGCCCUGCUGAGAGCACAGUGGCCCACCCUCGGAGACCGUGACCUCUCGACGGUGGCCCUUGGCCCUCUACCUCUGGCUGGGGCUGGGGCUGCCCGUCUCCGAGUCCCCAGCCAUGACGACGUCAGCGCUGCGGCGCCAGGUGAAGAACAUCGUGCACAACUACUCGGAGGCGGAGAUCAAGGUGCGCGAGGCCACCAGCAACGACCCGUGGGGCCCGCCCAGCUCACUCAUGUCUGAGAUUGCCGAUCUGACCUUCAACACGGUGGCCUUCGCUGAGGUCAUGGGCAUGCUGUGGCGGCGGCUCAACGACAGUGGCAAGAACUGGAGGCACGUGUACAAGGCGCUGACUCUGCUGGACCACCUGCUCAAGACAGGCUCCGAGCGGGUGGCCCACCAGUGCCGGGAGAACCUCUACACCAUCCAGACGCUCAAGGACUUCCAGUACAUCGACCGCGACGGCAAGGACCAGGGGGUCAACGUGCGUGAGAAGGUCAAGCAGGUGAUGGCUCUGCUCAAGGAUGAGGAGCGCCUCCGGCAGGAGCGGACCCACGCCCUCAAGACCAAGGAGCGCAUGGCGCUGGAGGGCACGGGCAUCGGCAGCGGGCAGCUGGGCUCCAGCCGCAGCCGCGGCUCCCCGUCCUCCUACAACUCCUCCGCUUCAUCCCCCCGCUACACCUCUGACCUGGAGCGGGCCCGGCCCCAGACGUCAGGAGAAGAGGAACUGCAGCUGCAGCUGGCCCUGGCCAUGAGCCGCGAGGAGGCUGAGAAGCCGGUCCCCCCAGCCUCCCACAGGGACGAGGACUUGCAGCUGCAGCUGGCUCUGCACCUGAGCCGGCAGGAGCAGGAGAAGGAGGUGAGGUCCUGGAGGGGAGAUGACUCCCCUGUGGCCAAUGGUGCUGGGGCUGGAGCCCACCAUCGUCGGGACAGAGAGCCCAAAAGAGAAGAGAAGGAGGAAGAGGAGAAGCUGAAAACCAGUCAGGUCCCACCCUCUCCUGAGCAUGGCUGCCUUUCCCCUCAACAGUCCUCCAUCCUGGACUUGGUGGAUAUCUUCGCACCAGCUCCGGCCCUGCCCUCCACACACUGCUCUGCUGACCCAUGGGACAUCCCAGGUCUGAGGCCCAACAAAGAGCCCAGUGGCUCAUCCUGGGGGCCUUCGGCAGACCCCUGGUCUCCAGGCCCCUCAGGAAGCAUCCUCUGCCAAAGCCAGCCCUGGAACCUGCCCCCUGUGCUCUCCUCCUCUGAGCCCUGGAGCCGGACCCCAGUGCUGCCUGCUGGACCACCUGCCACAGACCCGUGGGCACAGAACUCCCCCCACCACAAACUCCCCAACACUGGGGCUGACCCUUGGGGGCCCUCCGUGGAGACCUCCAACACACCUGUGCUAGAUGGUACCUCAACCUUUGACCCAUUUGCCAAGCCUCCAGUAUCCACGGAGACCAAGGAGGGGCUAGAGUGUGCCCAGGCCCUGCCCUCUGGGAAGCCCAGCAGUCCAGUGGAGCUGGACCUGUUUGAAGACCCCACCCUCAGUUCCAAGCAAAAUGGCACAAAGGAGCCAGAUGCCUUUGACCUGGAUGUACUGGGGGAAGCACUAAGUCAGCCUAGCAAGGAAACCCCAGCACGCCGGACGCCUGAGUCCUUCCUGGGCCCCUCGGCCUCCUCCUUGGUCAACCUUGACUCAUUAGUCAAGGUGCCCCAGGCUGCAAGGACCCGGAACCCCUUCCUAACAGGUCUCAGCACUCCACCCCCCACCAACCCGUUCGACGGGGCCGAGCAGGGCAGGCCGACCCUGAACCAGAUGCGCACAGGGUCGCCGGCGCUGGGCUUGCCGGCCGGUGGGUCGGUCGGGGCGCCCUUCGGCUCCAUGACCUACAGCGCCUCCCUGCCCCUCCCGCUCAGCAGCGUGCCGGCCGGCGUGGCCCUCCCCGCCUCGGUCAGCGUCUUCCCCCAAGCCCGCGCCUUCACGCCGCCGCCCCCCGGGAGCCUGCCGCAGCCACUGCUGCCCACCUCGGGCUCGGCGGGGCCGCUCACCCAGCCCCCGCAGGUCGGCACCAACCCCUUUCUCUGAGCCACGCCCCGGCUCUGAGCCGGCCGGCCGGUGCGCGCGAGGCCCCGCCCCGCGCUGCCUGCGCUGGGUCCCGCCCUCUGGCGCGGGGCGGGCGGGGCUGCCACGCUAGGACCCGCCCCGGGAAGGACGGAAGGCAUAGACUCCAACCCGAGUCCCGUGCGGACCCUGGUCUCCGGCCUCCGCAGGCGGGGUGCAGCUCCUGGGGCUGGAGACUGACGACUUCGCUGGGGCGGAGACCACGCCUCAUAAUAAAGACUGGAA